CCGGCCGCGGGCGCGAUGGCGGGAUCCGUACUGAGAGGCGCGGAGAGGCAGCUCAGCCAGCUCAGCGGCUCUGGAGUCCCCAUCCUCCUACGGCAGAUGUUUGAGCCCAAGAGCUGCACCUACUCGUACCUCCUGGGUGACAGAGAGUCCCGUGAGGCCAUUCUGAUCGACCCGGUUCUGGAGACAGCGCCUCGGGAUGCCCAGCUGGUCAAGGAACUGGGGCUGCGACUGCUGUAUGCUGUGAAUACCCACUGCCACGCGGACCAUAUUACGGGCUCAGGGCUGCUCCGGUCCCUACUCCCCGGCUGCCAGUCUGUCAUCUCCCGCCUUAGUGGAGCCCAGGCUGACUUGCACAUUGAGGAUGGAGACUCCAUCCACUUCGGGCGCUUCGCCUUGGAGACCCGGGCGAGCCCCGGCCACACCCCGGGCUGUGUCACCUUUGUUCUGAAUGACCACAGCAUGGCCUUCACUGGAGAUGCCCUGCUCAUCCGAGGGUGUGGGCGGACGGACUUCCAGCAAGGCUGUGCUAAGACCUUGUACCACUCAGUCCACGAAAAGAUCUUCACGCUUCCAGGAGACUGCCUGAUCUACCCUGCUCAUGAUUACCGCGACUUUGCUGUUCCAGCUAACAUGCGCUGUGGGAUCCAGACUCCCCCUUCCUGACCCGGCUUUGUCAGGUGCUCAUUUCUGUUAAGAAUGCACUAGGUGGGGUACAUUGAAAGGUGCCAUUGCCAGGCCUCUCUUCUUCCCCUCCCUCACCAGCCCCUGAGCUUCUUAAA